AUGUCUUGGUUCUCAGAUUUGUACGUCUCAGUGGCGAUGAUAUUUAUCAAACUUAUGGUUUACGCCUACGAAUAUCUGACGUUACCGAUAUACUUCAUGUUCAGCAAAACCGAAUACUUCAUGCCAUUUCCGGAAGAUGAACAAUCCUACUUCAAAAAAUUUGCAGCUGAAGAAUCAAGAACUUUAAGCAUGCCCAUUGAAAAAAAUGAUCCUGGCAGCCCAUGGCGGGCUUCUGAAUAUAUCGAUAAUUUAGUUACGGAGGCUUUGCCAGGUUGCUCAACACUGUCCGAACUUUGGCUUCGCACAGUCAAACUGUGGCCAAACAAACCUGCUUUGGGUACAAGAAGAAUUCUUAACACUGAUUACGAGGCAAUGCCCAGCGGCAAAAAGAUGGUCAAGCUAACAAUGGGGGAAUAUUUGUGGGAGACUUAUGCUGAGGCAGAAAGCCGAGUCUCAUCUCUAGCAGCAGGUCUUCGUUCCAUUCUAGGACCAAGCACGCUAGAUAGGAAGGAAGAAAAUAGCUGUCCCACGCCGCUUAUUCUUUUCUCUGAGACUAGAGCUGAGUGGCUCUAUGCAGCUGUAGCGACUUGGCGUCUUAAUCGUCCCAUUGCCACUCUCUACUCUACCCUCGGUGAUGAUGCUGUUGUCCAUGGACUUGUUGAAACUGAAGCCUCUGUGAUCUUUACAAGUGACGAGUUACUCUGCAAAGUGGUGAAUCUUCUUCCACGCUGUCCUCUAGUCACGCAUGUCAUCUACUUCUCCAACGGUGUGGUCCAGAAGCACUCGUGUCUUGAUGUGAAUGACCUCGCUCGUCUCAAUGCAACAGCCCGCCACUCUGUUGAGACGGCUAGAAAAGCCCUUCCUGACGGCGUGACACUCCACGACAUUCUCGAAUUGGAGGCUAUUGGAACUGCUGAAAUUUGUGGUGGUGCUGCCAAAAAAAUAGAGUCUACCCUCAACUGGCAACCACCAGCCGAUGAAAGACCCAAACCCAACGAUCUGGCCGUCAUUAUGUAUACCAGCGGCUCUACCGGAGCACCAAAAGGUGUUGAGAUAACUCAUGAAAACAUACUCUGCACAAUUGCUGGUCUCUUCCGUCGUUUACCGAAAUUGAAUAUUGAUUCUGAUAUCUACAUCGGAUACCUUCCACUGGCCCAUGUUCUGGAACUGACCUGUGAACUGUCGGUUCUUAUCUUGGGCAUUCCAAUUGGUUUCUCCAAUCCCCAAACUCUCACAGACACUUCGACCAAAAUCAAGCAAGGAGCUUGUCGUGGUGACAUUAUUGUGCUCAAACCAACUCUCUUUGCCACUGUACCCACCGUCCUCGAUCGGAUCACAAAGUCUGUCUGGGAAAAGGUCAAGGAGGGUGGUCCAUUGAUGGAAGCUAUAUUCCACUUCGCAUAUGAUUACAAGUGUCGACGUCUUCACACGGGUUUCCCGAGUUUCUUGGUGGAUCGGCUUAUUUUCCGCAAAGUGCGUGCUCUGGUUGGUGGUCGUUUGCGCUACAUCGUCUCAGGUGGUGCGCCUCUCUCCGAGGAGUCCCAUCUCUUCACCAAUGUCUGCUUUGCUCCCAUUAUGCAAGGGUGA